AUGCCCAGAGCAAGCAAGACGGGCUCGAAGCAGCGACACGACCCCCUGCACGUCCAGCUCAACGAAGAUGAGAUAAAUGCUAAGUAUGGACGGAUCUCUCGCCCAGGGAAGCGAUCAAAGUCAAAGGGGAGAGUUGAAGACGAUGAGGAAGGCGGAGAGAUCAUCUUGGACCCAAAAACCUCAAGACGCAUAUUUGAACUUGCGCGAGAUCAGCAAGAAGAGCUCGGGGCAUGGGAAGACGACGACGAUGAGGAUGAGAAAGGGUCUGGAGACAAGCUGAGCUUUUCGGUUCCACGGAUACAAGAUGAGGAUGAGGAUGAAGACGAUUUGGAGCGUUUUGAUCAGGACGAUUACGAAGAAGACGUGGAAGAGAUCGAAGUGGAUGAGAGCGAUCUCAAAACCCUUGACGCGCUUUUACCUGCCAAUGCUGGAGAGCGACGAACACUAGCGGACAUUAUUUUCUCAAAACUAGACGAUAUAGAGUCAGGCAAAACGACUGUCAUCCGAAAAACGGCAGAAGACCCAGACAAGGCACCCGAUCCUGCAGCGGGACUUAAUCCAAAAGUAGUUGAGCUUUACACAAAAGUCGGCCUCGUGCUCUCCCGAUACAAGUCCGGCCCGCUUCCAAAACCGUUCAAAAUUAUCCCCUCCCUCCCCGCUUGGGCGCGCAUGCUCGCGCUCACGGGGCCAGAAAACUGGACGCCACAGGCAUGUCAUGCCGCGACGCGCAUAUUCGUAUCGCAGAUGAAGCCACCGCAAGCACGCGUAUUCCUUGAGGGCGUGCUCCUUGAUGCGGUCAGGGAGGACAUCCGACUGACACGCGAAGGCGCGCGGAAGAACAAGAAUCAUCGCAAGCUGAAUGUCCACUACUACGAGAGCAUGCGGCGGGCGUUGUACAAGCCUGCUGCGUUCUUCAAGGGAAUCGUGUUCCCACUAUUGACUACCGGGUGUACACUGCAAGAAGCAGCAAUUGUCGCUUCCGUGUUGGUGAAAGUCAAAGUACCGAUUAUGCACUCCGCGGCAGCUCUCAUGCGGCUCGCAAACAUGGAGUACUCAGGACCUAACUCGCUUUUCAUCCGAAUACUCCUGGACAAAAAAUACGCACUUCCAUACAAGGUUGUCGACGCACUUGUCUUCCACUUUAUUCGCCUAUCGAACACAUACAAAGCGCGACAAUCUGGCGACGCUGCAAAGCUGCCUGUAUUGUGGCAUCAAAGUCUGCUCGUGUUCUGUCAGAGGUAUCCUUCCUAUGUUCUUACUGCAAUCUCGACGGGCUCACGCGUCUUCGGUAGAUACGGGGCGGACUUGACUCCAGACCAAAAGGACGCAUUAUUAGAUGUCGUACGCGCAAAUCCCCAUCCUCAGAUCGGUGCUGAAGUUAGGAGAGAACUCGUUAACUCUGUCGCGCGGGGGGAACCCCGGCCUGACGGAGAUGAUCUUUCGGCGGGCAUAGUCUGGCGAGGAUUAUAG